AUGUCUGAGGGGAAAGGCUUCACUACACAGCAAGACAAUAUUCAGCUACACCGCGAUAUGUCGAGAUUUUCUUUGAAAGGGCGCACAGCACUGGUUACGGGAGGUGCUCGGGGUUGCGGGCUAGCAUUUGCGCGGGGGCUCGCCGAGGCCGGCGCUGAUGUAGCUGUGUUUGAUGUUAUUUCGCCAGAGGAAGGAUUCCAUGCAAUCGAAAAGGAUUGCGGUGUCCGAACUGCGUAUUACAAAGUCGAUGUCUCAUCCCAGGAGUCUUUGCAAGAAGGGUUCGCUAGCUUCCAGAAGGAUUUUGAAAACGCUCUCGAUAUUUGCGUUCCUUGUGCUGGUAUUAAUCGACAUCUUCCAUUCCUCGAGUUUACCUACAAGGAUCAUCAGGAUCUACUAUCUAUCAAUGUCCUCGGGCUUUACUUCACUGCCCAGCUCGCAGCCAAGCAAAUGAUCGCGAACAAAACAAAGCACGGCAGCAUCGUGUUAGUCGCCAGUAUGGCGAGCCAUAUCGCUGUCCGCAGCCAGCUAUGUUCAGCUUAUUGUGGCACAAAGGGCGCAGUCAGAUCGAUGUGUCCCGCGAUCGCCAAAGAGCUGGCUGAAUAUGGUAUCCGAGUCAAUUCCAUCUCUCCAGGAUUCGUGAAAACAGAAAUGACCGCUUCAUUCCCCCAUCUGCUCGAGGGCUGGAAGUCCGAAGUCAUGAACGGUCGGAUUGCCGAACCAGAAGAUAUCAUGGGGGCGUGUGUAUUCCUCGCAAGCGACGCGAGUUCGUACAUGACCGGGUCGGACAUUGUUGUGGACGGUGGGGUGACACGAUGUGUAGACCACGAAGGCUACAGAAUCGGCUCUGUCGAUGCUUCUACUACCGUUGUGGUGGUGGGCGCGGGACCGUCGGGGUUGAUGCUAGCGUGUAAUCUUGUUCGCUUUGGAAUCGCUGUGGUGAUUCUGGACGAUCGUCCCGACAAGACAUCCACAGGAAAGGCCGACGGAAUGCAACCUAAGACCAUCGAAACAUUCAGACAGCUUCGUUUGGCAGACCCAUUGCUGAGAAAUGGAGCUCGGGUUUACGACAUAUCCUUCUGGGAGUCAACUGCCAACGACUCACUUCGACGCACAGGUCGCAAAGUCCACUACCCCGAGCACGUUGGUGCCUCCGACCCAUAUAUCCUGCUAGCCCACCAGGGGAUGGUUGAGGAGGUCAUGAUUGACGAUAUGGAGGCACGGGGUGUGUCUAUUACGCGGAAUAGCAAGUUCGUGUCUUGUUCGCCUGUGAAUGGAACGACACAAUUGGAUAUUAUCUAUGAGGAUGUCAUCACAAAUACUGCUCACAAGAUCAGAGCGAGUUAUCUGGUUGGGUGCGAUGGGGCUCGAUCGAAGGUUCGAUCAUUCAUCCCGGAUGCUGAGCUCGAGGGCGAAUUAACAAACGCGGCGUGGGGAGUGCUGGAUGGUGUGAUCGAUACGGACUUCCCUGAUCUAUGGAGUAAAGUGGCCUUGCGGUCCCAUUCCGCUGGAUCGAUCUUAUGGAUUCCGCGCGAGAAGGGUAUGACUCGAUUAUAUGUGGAGUUGAGUUCCACCGACGGGGAGCGAGUGGAAAAAUCAAAGGCAACGACUGAAUAUGUCAUGAGUCGUGCGAGGGAGGCAAUGCAUCCGUUCAGCCUAGAGUGGAAGACAGUGGAGUGGUUUGGAACAUAUGUUGUGGGCCAGCGGGUUGCGAAACGCUUCAUGGAUUCAGAGGCAAAUAUAUUCAUUGCAGGAGACGCCGGCCACUGUCACUCUGCUCUUGCAGCCCAAGGUGCCAACACGAGUAUGCACGACAGCUUCAACCUCGCAUGGAAGCUCAACCUCCUAGUCCGAGGACUGGCCAAGCCAUCCUUACUCCGCACCUACGAAGAAGAAAGACAAAAGAUAGCAUACGACCUCAUCAACUUCGAUGUUGAACACUGCAAGGCGUUCGCAGCAGGCGAUGAAGAAUUGGCCAAGAACUUCGACAGCAAUAUUCGGUUCAUAUCCGGCAUUGGAGCCGAAUAUGCUCCGGGAAUGUUGACACAAGCGCCAACCACCACAUCUCGCCUCCAGCCUGGAAUGCUUCAGCUGCCAGCUAAGGUCACUCGCUAUAUUGAUGCUAACCCAGUCGAUAUCGAGUUGGAUGUUCCGCUCUUGGGUCAAUUCAAGAUCUACAUCUUUGUGCCGAAUGUUUACCGCUCCCGGGAAUCGCUGGAGAACAUCUGUCAACAGUUGCAAUAUAUUCUUGCUGGUGUCAGCCUGCGAGCAAAUCAGUCGUAUGAGAAACAUCCGCGGGGGCAUUCUCCGUCAGAUGAAUUUGUUCAGGCUCAGCGCUACACUUCUGUCUCCAAUGCUUUUACUUUCGCAAUGGUCACGCAAUCUUCUCAGUCUGAGUUUGAGAUUGCUGAUCUACCGGAAAUACUGCAGGCUAGUCGGUGGACAUUAUAUGUCGACAAUAUUGGUGGGCCGAGUUGUACUGAGAAGUGGUUUGGGGAUUUGAACCAGGAGAAAAUUGGGAUCGCUGUUGUGAGGCCUGACGGAUAUGUUGGGGCUAUUGAUACUUGGGACACCGAACAAGUGGGUGUCAUAGGGCAGUGGUUGCAGGAUUAUUUAUCUUUCUUGGUAUAA